GGACCGACGGCUUCGAGGGCCGCGAGGGCAGGGAGGAAAGCAGCAUCCUCACCUCCAACCACAGUCCCCCGCGCGCCCUGCCCCUAACCGCGCCAGGUAGCCCACCUUUGUCCGGGCACGCUACCAGGUGGCGGUAAGGAUGACCACACUCACGCGACAGGACCUCAACUUUGGUCAAGUGGUGGCCGACGUCCUCUGCGAGUUCCUGGAGGUGGCCGUGCACCUCAUCCUCUACGUGCGCGAGGUCUACCCGGUGGGCAUCUUCCAGAAGCGUAAGAAGUACAACGUGCCUGUCCAGAUGUCCUGCCACCCGGAGCUGAACCAGUAUAUCCAGGACACCCUGCACUGUGUCAAGCCACUGCUGGAGAAGAACGAUGUUGAGAAAGUGGUGGUGGUAAUUUUGGACAAAGAGCACCGCCCAGUGGAGAAAUUCGUCUUUGAAAUCACCCAGCCUCCGCUGCUGUCCAUCAGCUCAGAUUCCCUGCUGUCUCAUGUGGAGCAGCUGCUCCGAGCCUUCAUCCUGAAGAUCAGUGUGUGUGAUGCUGUCCUGGACCACAACCCCCCAGGCUGUACCUUCACAGUCUUAGUGCACACGAGAGAAGCCGCUACCCGCAACAUGGAGAAGAUUCAGGUCAUCAAGGACUUUCCCUGGAUCCUGGCAGAUGAGCAGGACGUCCACAUGCACGAUCCCCGGCUGAUACCGCUAAAAACGAUGACAUCAGACAUUUUAAAGAUGCAGCUCUACGUGGAAGAACGAGCUCACAAAAGCAGCUGAGGGUGUGAUGCUCCGAUCAUGGAUGUAACAACUAUGGGACACUGGGGGCCCCCAGCCUAGGGCGGUGCUGAGGGACACCCCCUCCCCCCGAUUCCAAGUGCUCUUAUUGCCUCUGUGUAUGGACCACCCACUCUCCGGCCCGGCGCCGCUCAGGUCUGGUUGCCUUCAUGGAGGAAUUUUCCCCAGGAGGGCAGGGAAGGAUGCCGGGACCUUGAUUUCUUGGCCUCCUGGGAUGUGGCCGGCCAACACUGUCUGUCUGAAAUACUGUGCUGUGAGUUGUUUCAAUAAAGAGCCCCAAGGGCUGA